GCCCCCUCCCCCUCUCAGCUCACAGCCCAGUGGAUUUGGGUCGAAGCAGAGACGGGAAGAGCUGCAAGUUAAUUUGUAACUCAAACAGCACCAUGGCAGGACUCAAGUACAUGUGUGGYUUUGGGAACGAGUUCUCCUCUGAAGACCCCAGAUGUCCUGGAUCCUUACCUGAGGGGCAGAACAACCCUCAGGUCUGUCCAUACGGCCUCUACGCCGAGCAGCUCUCUGGCUCUGCCUUCACCUGCCCACGUCCAGCCAAUAAGAGGAGCUGGUUGUACCGAAUUCUCCCAUCCGUGAAACACAAGCCUUUUACGCCUGUGCCGUGUGGCGAUCUGACCGAGAGCUGGGAUGAAGUGGAGCCCGAUCCCAACCAGCUGCGAUGGCUGCCGUUCACCAUCCCCAAAUCCACGGAGAAGAAAGUGGACUUUGUGGCUGGUCUUCACACCGUCUGUGGAGCGGGAGAAGCCAGGUGUCGUAGCGGCAUUGUGGUCCAUGUGUACACCUGCAACACCUCGAUGACUGACAGGUGCUUCAACAACUCAGAUGGAGACUUCCUGAUCGUUCCACAGCAGGGUGAGAUCUUGGUCACCACAGAGUUUGGGAAGAUGAUGGUGGAGCCGAACGAGAUCUGUGUCAUCCAGCAAGGGAUGCGCUUCAGCGUGGAUGUGUUCGGAGAAACCAGAGGCUACGUUCUGGAAGUGUAUGGAGCCCAUUUCGAGCUGCCUGACCUGGGGCCUAUAGGAGCCAACGGUUUGGCCAACCCAAGAGAUUUCUUGUGUCCAGUGGCUUGGUACGAGGACCGCCAAGUGCCCUCCGGUUACACCGUCAUCAACAAGUACCAAGGAAAGCUGUUUGCUUGCCAACAGGAUUUCUCUCCUUUUAAUGUGGUUGCCUGGCAUGGAAACUACACGCCGUACAAAUACAACCUGAAGAACUUCAUGGUCAUCAACUGCGUGGCCUUCGACCAUGCGGAUCCAUCUAUUUUCACUGUGCUGACGGCCAAAUCCACAAGACCUGGUGUGGCCGUUGCCGACUUCGUCAUUUUCCCUCCAAGGUGGGGUGUGGCCGACCACACCUUCCGCCCACCGUAUUACCACCGUAACUGCAUGAGCGAGUUCAUGGGCCUGAUCAAAGGUCAUUAUGAAGCUAAAGAGGAGGGUUUCCUGCCAGGAGGAGCCAGCCUGCACAGCAUCAUGACCCCCCACGGUCCAGACAUGGACUGCUUCGAGAAGAACAGCGCCGCCGAGCUCAAACCUGAGCGUGUGGCUGAAGGAACCAUGG